GCGGCGCGCGUUUCCAGGGCACGUGUGGGUGGUCCUGGCCCGGCGGCUGCUCCCUGUAACUCGGGAAGAGGAAAGCCAUCGAGUUCAGCAUUCCUCCUAGCAAUAGCGAAAAUGUCUAUUUUCCCGAAAGUAGCCUUGAGACUUGAGGUUGAAAACUACCUUAAAGAGGGCUUUACGAAUAAGGAGGUUGUAUUGGCUUUCGGUAAACAAGAAGCAGAAAGGAAGUUUGAAACUCUCUUAAAUCACCUGUCACACCCUCCAUCAUUCACAACUGUCAGAGUAAAUACUCAUCUAGCCUCAGUGCAACAUGUGAAAAAUCUGUUAUUUGAUGAACUUCACAAGCAGUUUAAUGGGUUAACUGUUCCUAUUCUUCAACAUCCAGACCUUCAGGAUGUCUUACUUAUUCCUGUUAUUGGACCUAGGAAGAACAUAGCAAAACAACAAUGUGAAGCCAUUGUUGGAGCCCAAUGUGGUAAUGCCGUGUUAAGAGGAGCCCAUGUCUAUGUUCCAGGAAUUGUGUCAGCUUCAAAAUUUAUGAAAGCUGGAGAUGUUGUUUCUGUAUAUUCUGAUAUUAAAGGCAAAUGUAAGAAAGGAGCCAAAGAAUUUGAUGGAACAAAAGUAUUUCUUGGAAAUGGGAUUUCUGAAUUAAGCCGCAGAGGAAUCUUCAAUGGGCUACCUGAACGGAAAGGUAUAGGCAUAAGAAUGACAGAACCAGUAUAUCUCAGCCCUUCAUUUGAUAAUGUACUGCCCAGCUACUUAUUUCUACAGAAUUUGCCAUCUGCUGUUGUAACUCAUGUUCUGGAUCCUCAACCUGGAGAGAAGAUUCUAGAUUUGUGUGCAGCACCUGGAGGCAAAACAACACACAUUGCAGCACUAAUGCAUGAUCAGGGAGAAGUAAUAGCCCUGGAUAAACUACCCAACAAAGUUAAAAAAAUAAAGCAGAAUGCUUUAUUAUUAGGGCUGCAUUCCAUUAGGGCUUUUUGCUUUGAUGGAACAAAGGCACUUAAACUCGAUAUGGUUAAGGACACAGAAGGAGAGCCCCCAUUCUUACCAGAAUCCUUUGACCGAAUUCUUCUUGAUGCACCCUGCAGUGGCCUGGGGCAGAGACCAAACAUGGCUUGUUCUUGGACUUUGAAGGAAGUGACAUCAUAUCAACCAUUACAGCGAAAACUCUUUACUGUGGCAGUGAAACUGCUGAGGCCAGGGGGAGUGCUUGUUUACAGCACCUGCACCAUCACGCUGGCAGAGAAUGAGGAACAAGUGGCCUGGGCCCUCACAGCAUUUCCUUGCCUUCAGCUUCAGCCUCAGGAACCACACAUUGGAGGACAAGGAAUGCUGGGAGCUGGCCUGUCAUUUGAACAAUUGAAACAGCUGCAGCGAUUUGAUCCAUCUGUUGUGCCAUUACAGGACAUGGACAUUGAUUCUCUCAAAGAGGCCAGAGUAGAAGACAUGAUUUGGCUGGCAAAUAAGGAUUGUAUAGGUUUUUUUAUUGCAAAAUUUGUAAAAUGCAAAAGUAUACAGGAGAAGGAUCCUUAGAAAUGAAAAUUACAAACAUUUGCUCUGUUGUGUGUGUGUUUUAAUUUAAAGAUCAAUCUGUUGUUCGGCCAAGUGAUUGAUGGCAUAGUUGCUAAGGAAUCAGAAAAGGCUGCCAGCUGUUUCACCAGUGAUCAGGAGACACUGAGGAAGUAAUGGAUGGGGGAGGGGGAGGGAUAUGAGAUUAUAUUUGUAAUUUUAGAAUAAUUUUCCCUUUUGGAUUUAGCAGAGUACAAAGAAAAGGAAAUGCCUAUAGAUGUCUGAAACGUUUAUUUGGAGUCAUAUGUUUUAAUUUGUAAAGAAUGCAAGUAAUUUUUAAUAGCAAUCAAUGAAUCUCACAAGGAAAAAAAUUAGCAAUAUUUAAUUUGGUUAUAAAGUAUAUUAUUUUUCAUUCCUGAGUUCCUAAGUAAGUAGUUUCUUAAGAAUUCAGGGCAUAGGAGGUAUGACAUUUACCAUGUGCUGAUUACUGAGCUGAAUAUUUUACCUCUUUCUCUACUUACUAUCCUAAUAAAAGAGUAAUAUGUAAAUUAACUGUCACUCCAAAACAAAGAUGGAGGCGCCCAUAGUGGCCAGGACGGGACACUGGUGGCAUCGCCCUGACAACGCAAGCCCCGCAUCUGCGCCCCGGCAGGGGAGGGGAGGGGCCUUGGGCCGGAGGCUGGGGCGAGGGAUGUUGGCAUCAUUACAGGCCGGGCUGAGGGACCCACCCUUCACCCUGUGCACGAAUUUCGUGCACCGGGCCUCUAGUUUGAUAAAUAAACCCUCUUUCAAAUGAA